AUGCACACCUCACUACCAACGUGGCUCGCGCUCUCAGCAGCAAUCCUACCUACAGCAACGGCCUUCUACCCGUACCACUACCCCGCAAGCAAGACCUCUACCACAUCUCGCUCGCAUCGAACCUCCCCACAGCCCUCCCACGAUGAGAACACGCGUUCCGUAACAGUCCCUUUGCGUCGCGUGCGCACGCCUCUACAUGCGCGCCAAAACGUCUACAACAUCGUCAAUUCGAACAACCCAACCCAAGAGAACAGCGUAGCCAUAGACCAAGAUGGCAGUGAUCUCAGCUACAUGGUGGCCGUAACGUUCGGUGACAGCUCAGACGAAUACCAUAUGUUGCUCGAUUCGGCAGCGAGUAAUACCUGGGUCAUGGGGCAAGAUUGUGGGAGCGAAGCGUGUAAGACGCAUGCUACAUUCGGGACAGGAGAUUCAAGUACACUAAAGACCGACGAAACCACACCCUUCAGCGUGACCUACGGCACAGGUACCUCUUCAGGUCAUCUAGCAACCGAUACCCUCCACAUCGGCACCUCCCUCUCCGUCUCCCUCACCUUCGGCCUCGCAACAAACGUGUCCGACGAGUUUCGAGCAUAUCCCAUGGACGGCAUCCUAGGCAUCGGCCGCGGCACACAAGGUGCCAGUACAACAGAUGAAAUUGCUGCUACCCAAAUCAUGGAUAUCUUGUCCUCGCAGAAACUCAUCGGUGCGAAAAUGUACGGUAUCCACCUCUCCCGAGACACCGACGGUAAACUGGACGGCGAGUUGAACUUGGGCGAGGUGAACAAAGAGAGAUUUAGUGGGGAGUUGAAUUACCUAGAUUGCAUGGAUAAUGAAUCUGGGUUCUGGGAGGUACCUUUACAAGACGCUGGGGUUGAUGGCUCCUCUGCCAAUCUCACCACGGGAAGUACCAACAGGACGGCGAUUAUGGACACUGGAACGAGUUUCAUACUCAUUCCUGAACCUGAUGCUCUGGCCAUCCAUAGCAAGGUCGAGGGCUUCGAGCAGGAUGGUGAGACGUUCUUUGUCCCUUGCGACACAAAGGCUGUGGUGCAGUUUACUUUCAACAAUCGCAUCUAUAACAUUUCCACGGCGGAUUGGGUGGGAGAUAAGGAUGAUGAUUCUGCUUUGUGCAGGAGUAAUAUUGUAGGCAGGAAAACUUUUGGGGACGCGCAGUGGCUGGUUGGCGACGUGUUCCUGAAGAAUGUGUAUAGUGUUUUUGAUUUCGAGAAGAGUAGGGUAGGCUUGGGUGUUCUGGGUGACGAACAGUUGGUUGCGGGGACGGAGAGCGUGAGCUCUACAGGUGUUGCGUCUCCUUCGGGAUCGAGGACAGCAGCUGAGACUGGAGGAGCCAGUUCGACAUCUGUGGGUGGUGGCCAGCCUCAGAAUCAGCAAGGCGGUGCUGCUGCUCGGUCUUCAUCUUCUCUCCUCCUAUUCAUUGGAGCAUCUACAGCGGUUUCAAUGUUCAUAUAG